GCUCCAGUCUGUCUCUGAGGUAUCUGUGCUCUAAGACCGCUCUUAUAUUCUUUCUUUUUUGAAAACACCGUUGUCAUAGUAACCAGCAGUGCCCCUGCCUGUCUCUUCCAGCUGAUAGUUGUCCAACUUCACUCCUUACAUGGGUUUUCAUGGAUGAAUGAAGUUUAAUAUGCCGAAGAAAACACACAGGCAGCUCUAAUCCCUCCAUGACCUCUCCACCGUGGAUUGACUGAGGAUUGUGCUGGAACACAGGAGCAUUGAGACUGAAGCAGCGGAAUUUCAUCCAGGUGUAAACUGUAAACUGUAGUUUACAUGAUGGAGCAGAGAUCCACCUCUUCUGCACUUCAUCUGGAUCUUAACAACUUUGACAAGCCUGAAGCUCAGAGGAACCGGUACGUCUUAACCAGCCCCCGCUCUCUGCAGUCCUGUGCACGUCUCGGUAUCAAACCUGUUGACCUCCUCAUCAAAUCUCUGAAUGAGUUGACUGUGGGAAACAAUGACGUGCCUCUUGAGGCAGUGAGAGUUAUGCACGAAUCCUAUGAAAAGGAGAGGAGGAGGCUUUUACAAAUGUGCCGAGAAGAGAGGGAGAGGAUUAUCCAGGGAAACAGGUGGCCUGGCUCUGACAGAGUGUCAGGCCUGGAAGUGGUGCCUCUCACCAAACUGAAGGAUCACUCAGUGCACACACAGUCCAUCCCGUAUGCAGAGCUGUGCUCUAAAGGCAAAUCUGUGAGCAGGUCAACUACUGGUAACAGAGAACCAGACCACAGCACAGUCUGCAGCUUCAGGCUGGGAAACCGCAGACACUCUCCUGCCACUGAGAGGAAGGUGGAGAGGUUCACAAAUGACAUCAAAAGGGAGAUGUGUGUCACAGUGUCUGAGAGAGACCGCAAGAUAGCAGCUCUCAUGCUGGUAAAGCACGAGGAGGAACAAGCGCGCCUGAAGCUCUGUCAGCAGGAGGAACAUGAGCGAGAGGAGGCCCGGAGACAGAGGGAGAUUCAGCGGGAGCGGGCAGAGAACAACAGGAGGAAGAAACUGAAGCAAAGUAUGCAGCGCUGGCAGGAGGAGCUGGAGGCACGCAGGAGGCUGAGGGAGCAUCAAAAUAAAGAGAAGGCAGGACACAUGGAGCAGGAGGUGAUGCUGCAAGAAGAUCGCUGGAGGCGGCUGAAAGAAGAGGUGGAGGCACAACACAGAGUUAAGUUAAAGGCCGCACAGAAAGAGGCAGAUCAGCGCAAACACUACCAGGAGAAGCUGCUCAGACAGAAACACGAGGCAGAGAAAUGGGAACAAGAGCAGGAGCGACUGCUAGCAGUGGAGAGGGAGGAGAAGGCCAGGAGGAGCAAAGAACUAAAGAAGAUGAACGAAAGAAGGAGGCUCCAAGAGGAAAACCAUCGGGAGCUGCUACGUCAUAUCCUGCUGAAACAGCAGAUAAAGCAGCAAGUGGAGGAAGAGAAGGCACAGGUGAGGAGCACCCUUGAGAAGAAGUUGCAGCACACCUGUGAGAAACGUACGCAGGCUGUGGAGGCACGGAUGAAGGAGCUGCAUGAGAGGGCAGCCCAGGAAGAGGUGCAGGUUCAGAGAGCACAGCUGAGGUCCAAAUUACACAGCGUCCAGCAGCUCACACACAAGCAGAUCCUGCUUCAACUGAGCCAGCGGCGCAUGGAGAAGGCAGCUCUGCGCUCCUCAGCCCGGCUCAGGAGUCGAGCUCAGCAGCUUCAGCAACGCAACAAACAGAGGCGGCUCUGCCACCAGAGGCUCAGAGAGAGGAUUCAGAGAGAGGAGGAGGCAACGAGGAAGGUCAGAGAGAGCUGCAUCUCCAUGAAGGAGUGGAGGAGGGAGAGGCUGCGGAGACAGCGAGACCAGAUACUGCUGGAGGGGCAGAUGCUGGCUCGAGCCUCCUUUCACAUGAGGGAGAGAGUGAGGCAGCACACACACAGUCAAACCUUUCAUCAGAUGGCUCUGCAGGCUCAGCUGACUGCCUCCAUGAGCCACAUGAAACUAUGAAACAAAGGUUUUACUCCCAUCCUGACUUCAGGAUGACUCCACAUCUGUCAAGGGCUUGAGUUGGUUCAGAUAGUCACAGUCUAUGACGAGAAGCUGCAGUGAUUUCAGAGCUGUAAAGCAGUGCAGACAAUAAUUGGGCAUUCUAAAAAAAUCAAGCACCACAGAGGGCCCUUACAUGUCAUGGAUCAUCAGACAGAGUUGUUUUGGCUCAAAACCUGUCACUCAGUGAACCAUGUGCCGGAUUUCAAUAGUGAAUUCAGGAGUGUAACGACACGAGGGAUCAAAGUGCGGUUCGAUAUGAAUCCACGUGGGAGAGAUUGCCCUUUUAUACCAAUUUCUCCUUUGUAUCGAAUUAAUCUGGGGUUAUGUCUGGUCGUGCGGCCUGGCCGUGCAGGGGCCUCCUGUCAGGGUAAUGCAAACUGUGCUGUGUGGUUUGAAUUGCACAAUUUAGCUUGUUACUGUGUGGUAAUAUAACCUUAUCUUCCUGGUGAGAUUGUUGAGAUCAAACACAAUCGGGGGCAGGUUGAGUUUUCAGAUUGAGGAGAACGAGUUAUGCCACUAAUGUCAGUGUUCUGAGUUUCUGAGUAACUGGAGUGCAGAGAAGAGAGGAAAGAUUAUGGGAGGUCCUAUUUAGAAUGAUUUCACUGCAAGUACGAAGGAAAAGUAAACAACGCAGAAUGUAAACAACAGUAAAAGUAUCACUUCUGCUCUGGAACAUGG